CGUAUAGAUAUAGAAACUCCUGGUAUUUCGUCGUUGCUGCUGCAACGAUCGUCAAGCUUUCGCGGCUUGGUCCACACGGUCCGUCUGUCCGUCAAUUUUACCUCCGCCCCCCCGACUCGCGGACGGGGGGGAUGCUAUGGGGAUGUUAGCGCGUACAUACAUGUACCUACACGUGUGUGCACAUACCACGUCCGCACAUAAUCUCACACCACGCGUGUCCUAUUCCUAUCGAUGUGCGACGUCUCGCCUAACGUAACGAUGCGAUCGGGUCGCGCGCCGCGCCGGAGAGAUUUCGGAAGGGUAAAAAGGGAUGAGAACGAGCGGCGAGGACGAAGAAGAAGAAGAAGACGACGACGACGACGACGACGAAGACGAAGACGAAGAGGAGGUGGUGAAGGGUGUCGGAUCGAAGUGCAUGACGGCAGAAAGUAACAUAGAGACGUCAGGUCCUCAAAUCUCCCCCCGUCGACGUCGUAGGGGUGCAGAUUGGGUGGAUACCACGUAGCCGCCUUACACCGCGAGUGCGUGUUGAGCGUACGGACACAAAAUCCGGAUACGUAUACUCGCAAAAGUACACGGACACGUUCAAACGAUAGGGCGAGAGGACUGCGGCCCGAGGGUCUGGAGGGUCGCGUUGAGCUGCAUAGAGGGCAGGUGUAUACACGGGUUGUAACGCACACGGAGAAAAUUUAUGUAAAAGUGUCCCUCCCUCGUCUAUGUACGUGUGCGUGUGUGUGUGUGUGUGUGUAUAUGUGCGAGCGGAACCUCGGAGUAAAGAGAGGUUGAAGAGCGAGAAGGGAAAUACGGUCGAAGGUAUUGAUUACGUCGCGGCGUCCCGGCGUCGCGCGGUUUAAGGCCGCACCAUACGUAUACCACCAGCGCUGCAGAGCUACGCCGACGGCAUCGUCCGACAUACAUAUACAGGGUGGAUCCUUAGCCUGAUAAAAAAAAAAAAAAAAAAAGAGAAAGACGAACAAAAAAAUUACGAAACGUGGGAAAAUCGUUACGCGCUUUAUCUUUCGCGAUUACCGUUAGGUACGACGAUCGGAGGGAUGAAUUUUCGUGGGUGCGAAGAGGAACAACGUCGCGUAUACCGUGCAUGCAGUUGGAAUCAGCUGAUAUGCACUUGGACCGAGGAAAGCGUUCUUGUUACGGAACACAUGCGCACCAGCUUUUGCGGAAUAUAAUCGCGGGGCGGUGUGGGUGGAAGUUAUAGAUUGUUCAGGUGUAUACGUAGAUAUAUGCGCUCGUGAUAUAUAUAUAUAUAUGUAUAUAUCGUCGAAAGGACAGUCGCGGAGAGAAGCUAGAGGAAAGGCCGCCGGCGCAGUAGUAAUCAGUCCUCGCGUCGGUGGUAGCAACGCGGAGUCUCGGGGCCAUCCUGGUGCGCGCACCGUCGCCGCUAUAAUCGGCGGACGACGCAGUCCUAACCGUCAUCCCGCACCCCAAACAAUAUAGUAUAAGUCGGAGUCCUCUGACAUAGCGGAGGUAUAUAAUAUAAUACCGCGAAAAUGAAUCCGCGUGGUACGCAGCUUGAUAAACUGCACCGAUAUUCGAAUAACGAUUGUAAAGAAAUUUACAAAAACGUGACGGUAAACUACUGCUUCCGUUUAUCAACCAUAUCCCCGGUCGUUGUCGCUGAUAUCUGAAACCUUUUUGUUUGUUUUUUUUUUUUUUUUCUAAGAAAUAAGUACAAUAGAGAAUAUAGAGAAAAGAGGGAAAUAACGGGACGUCCGACACCCUCCCCGUCAGAAUCCAACCGGUCAACGACCAACCUUCGAAAGUACAUGUAUAAACUCACCCAGUUUGAUACACACAAACAAACAAUUAACAGGGGGUGAUUUGAUUCGGUUCGCCGAUAGAAGAGGAACCAUUCAAGAAUAUUGAAAUACGAGGACACGUUAUUUCACCUUAGAAUCCAGCUGGGCUGGAAUAAUAAUUUAAAAGAAUCGGCGGCGUGCAGUGUGUUUAUUGAUAAAUCCAGGCGGGAAGAGAGAGCAGGUCGGGGAAAAUUCUUCUUCCGCAUAGUUGCUGCUGCUACUGCUGCCGAUCCUAUAGACGGAACAGGGUGUACCGGAGCCAUCAAGGACGAAUGAUUUUUUAUUUGAUUUCUUUUUUUUUUUUUUCAUCCCCGAACUCCGUUUUGACGGGACGAUAAACACGUAGUGAUCAUACGAACUGAUAAUUCAAACGAUAUAUACAAUAUUAUCUUUAGUAAAAAACUGACCAAUUUUUGUCAAAAAACAAUUAAAAAAAAUUAGUAUACAUAUACACCGAUGUUAUAUCGACUCUAUAGCGAUCUGCGAUGACGGGAAUAUUUGUCAAGUAUGAAUUUUGUGCUGAACAUUUAUUAUACGGCCAACACCCUGCAGCAUUGCUGCCCCUCAUUAAAAAUAUUUUAUUUUUAACGUUUGGUCCACGUUUGUACGCCGGUUUACGGUGCUACAUUUAAUUUCACAUAUGACCCAUGCACGGGCAAAUCGCGAGUGAAAUUUGGGCUAAAAUUAUAUUUUACCGCCUAAAAUCUGUCGUUAUAUACACGUACGAUGUACUCGCGAAUGAUAGAACAGUCGGUGAAUUGACCGGUCUUUUAUUUUGGUCUUCCUAAUUCGUAUAAUUUUAUCAAUCGUAAUUUAAUAUAUAUAUGUACACGUGAUAAUGAACAACGUGUAAUAAAACGGGAAAAUAACUUGAAACCAGAAGAGGAGCUUAAAGCCAAAAGAUAAAAAGAGAAAUUGAUCAAAAAUUUGCAUCGCCUGCAGCCUGUUGUUAUACCCUAUAUACAUGAUGGAUCGUUCAAGAUGUAAUUAGCUAAAAAAGAGAAAAGGAAAAAACGAGAGCUCGAGAGAAAGAUAGAGGAAAAAUACACUUUGGUCUUCCCUUACUAAAUUACAAAAUAUACACGACCGAUGUAAAAAAUAAGAAAUUACAUAAAAAAAAAUAUUAAACACGGCUGCAACGAAUUGAAAAAAAAAAAAAAAAAUUAUUAAAUAAGUGAGGAAAGUGGCCAACAUUAUAAUUCUUCCAUGAUUAAAACUUCAUAUAUAUCUAAAUUAAACCAAAGUAAAUCAAAGAUAAAUAUAUAUAUAUAUAUACACACACACAUAUAUAUAAUAAAAAAAAAUUAACAAAUGUUUAAAAUUAAAAAACAAAACAAGUAUAUUAUAAAGAAAUAUAAAAUCACUUGAUUUUCAUCGGUUGAAAAUUGAUUAUAAAUCGUUAAAAUAAAAUAAAAAACAAAUUAAUCAAACGAAUAACUAUCUAUGAAUAUUAAAACUAUGCCAUGUUCAAGACUCUGAAUGCUAAUUAAUAAAAGAAUACACGAAUGAAAUGAACUAUCAAUAAAUCGAAGUAUACCAAUACUUAAUAAAUAUUUGUAAAAAUAAAUAGAUAAAUUGCGAAGCAAAGAUGGAUUGCUGCAACUACGUACAGCCGUACAGCGGGACCGGACACUUCUAUCAUCAACAGAAUUUUUAUUAUGAAAAUAUGAACGCCUACGCAGCUUACAGCAUGACUCCGUCAUCGAAUGCAAUCGAAAGUAACGUACGAUACAAUCGGCUGCCACCUGCAUAUCCGACAGAUUACGUUUACAAUCCGAAAGAAGCGAGGCUCCGAAAAGCGAUGAGAGAACAAAGCAGGGAAUUAUCACGUCAGACGAUUCUUCAAACGGCGAUAGCGUCGGCUGCAGGGUCCCCUGGAAACAUAUCCGGUGGCGGAGUUGUGACGUCAUCGAAUUUUCUGAGCCAUCCUUUGACGUGUUCUUCUUCGGCGUCUGCCGCACCAUCUGGUAAUGGGGGAAUUUCAUCCCUACCGAACAGCCCGUCGAUUGUUAAUUCGGGCCGGAUUAUCAACCCCUGGUUCCCCGUCGGUCCUACGUCAUCGUCGGCGCAUUUAAAACCCAUUAUCUCACCGAGGAUAAUGGCCGCGCAUCAACGGACGAUAGAAAAAACUAAAGAAGCCAUGAGGAAACAGGUUGAAUGUGCAGCGGCUGGUGUAUUUUCGUCUAAUGCAGGAUCUGCACCAAAUCCUUCGAGAACAGGCUCAUACGCCGGUGAUUUUGGUAACCACAAUGCUGCCGCCGCUGCUGCUGCAGCUGCGAGUGCAAACGAUUAUUGCAUCAUCACCGAAUUCGGAGAGGGACAAAAAUGGCAUCCUUAUCAGAACGGCGGUAAUCCUUACCACGGGAGAGGAGCGGCCAUGUCCAAAGUCGGCCUUCAGCAUCCAAAUGCAAACGUUCACGGACCCUGGGCUCAAUUCUGCGGACUUCCCCUGCAGAGUCCUGCAUCGGCUCAGAACCAAGUGAUGCAUCAACCGAGGCAGAUGCAAGUUUUUCUACAGGAGCAGCAAAGUCAGCAUUGCGGUUAUUCGGAUGAAAUGCGAAUGUCCUACGUCCAGAACAAAAUGGAAGUCAACCCCAGACUCCAUCCCGCUUAUUCCGGUCAAGGAGAUCCUCAGGUAAAAUCGUCCGUCUCGCCACCCCAAAUGCAGCAGCUUCAGGACGAUGUAAAAUGUAACGGUGGAGGUGUGGAGGUAUCCCAAAAUUGGGAUUCAGGAGGUUCGAACGGAGGAGGAACUGGAAACGGUGUGAGCGCCAGAUCGCUUUUGCAGCAGGAUCAGCAGGUCCACGAGCAGCAGGAUAACGACGAGGAAUUACAGGGCGAUCGGCAGGAUCUCCAGGAGUCUAUGAGACAGAAGCCAAAUUGCAAGCAGCCUCUUCCAGGUUUCCACCAAGCUUUCGGUUCAACGGAAAUCGGUCGUUUCUCCAGAUCCGAAUUCUUCGCAAACAUGGUCGGUGAAAGCAGUAACGUAAGUAGUAUAUUAAACGAAGGUUCUCAGGGUGAAUUAAAAAACAACUGUUCAGCUAUAAACAAUUCGCGUACAUCGGCUGCAUCGGAAACCUCAGGAUUUUCAAAUUUACAACAUGUUAGUUCAACUGUGGGUACAACGGGUUCAGGAAACUUUGGUAAUUUUAAUAAUAACGUCGCUCUGGCCGCUUAUUACAACGAUAUCCGAAGUCCCGUUAACAACCCCGUAACAAACGCUCGCAAUUGGCACAGUCCAUACGUAGGCGUUAUAGGUAGCGAAAUUUGAUUAAAUAUAUUAAAUAUAGUAAAUUAUUUCAAUUGUUAUAUGAAUAUAUUAUUAUUAUUAUUAUUAUUAUUAUCAUUAUCAUUAUUAUAGGCAACAAUUAACAAGUAUAUUGACGUGAUUUAUUUCAAACAUGUGAUCUCCUACUUAAAAUUGCUGAAUUUAUACAUAUAAACGCGAUGACACGAUUCUCGCUGUUACAUACUUCAGUGAUAGACAUACAAAUGAUUUAUUUAAUAAAUAUAUAUAUGAAUAUAUAUGUAUACAUAUAUGGCCACAUACAAACACGGACUCACACCCAAACAUGCACAUAUACAAUAUACAUAUCAUAUAUGUAUACAUAUAUGAAGAAAUUAUAUAUGAGAAAAUAUAUAUAAUCGAUAAAUUUCAAUUAGUUAUCAAAAUUGUGCCUUUGGAUGGACUGGAUAUAUUAAGUAUUAUUAUUGUUACAUUAAUUAAGAUAACAAAGUUAACCAUUAUCUAUGAUUAUCGCCAUCGCUAUUAUUAUAAUUACUUGAUUACUUUUAUUUCGAAUUAUUCUGAUCCCUCGAAUCGUCUUCACAAACUCGUUCACGAAUCUAUAUAGGUAUCGGCUGAACAAUAUCUAUAUACCUAUAUAAAUCUAAAAUUUGUAUGAAUUAUUAUUGUUAAUUAUACAUUCAAAUAUAAUUAAGUCUACUCCAGUACUUCUUCCGUAGCACGGAUUCCAUAUUUAUGAUAAUUUCAUCAGGUGAAUCGUCAUAGCUGUCGUCUAUUAAUUAUAUAGAAUAUUAUUUUUUUCUGGUAUUCCAAUACCAGAAGAAAUGAAUAAAACAAUUAGGGAUAUACAAAUCAAAUCCAACUCGAUAUCCAAUUAUAAUAUCUGAUCGUCGAUUUAUCGAACGUGGACAUUGAUACAUGCAUUAUUAACAGAAAAAAAAAAAAAGAAAACAUGUUCGUAACAAUUACUUAUACGUUGUUAUCACGUAAUUAUGAUUACUCGAUUAUUUUUUGAUUAAUAUUAUUACUAUUUCUUCAAUUCCUAUUAUUGUUACUGAAUGUUAUUAUUUACUUAUUAUUACUCAUAAGAAAACCGCGCAUAAUGCGAUAUCCGUAUCGGUAGGUAGAUAGAAAAAAGUACCUAUAUCUCAACAAUUAUACACACAAUUAUACUAGCAGGAAUAUCGAAUCAAUUAAAUAUUAUACUGAAAAAAUGAAAACUAAAAAAAAAAAAGUAAAAUAAAAAAUAAUGAUAAUAAUAAUUCUAAUAAUAAUAAUAAUAAUAAUAACAAUAAUAAUAAGUAUAACACUAAUAAUCUUCAAAUCAAAUUUCAACAGUGCAUGUAUCUCGUAAAUACAGUAUAAGAUAAUCAAAAGUGAAGCAUUCUACUAAUAUAUAUACAUAUAUAUUAUAUAGAUAUAUAUGUGUUAACAAUUUAUCAUUGUUAAUGUAUAGUGAAUACUAUUAUAUGAUACUUAAUUAUAAUUAUUGAAGAAUUAAAUAUGUGAUAUUUAGUAGAUCUAGGUCCAUAUGUUACGUAAAUGUUAUAUAGGCAAAUACAGGAUGAUAGAUAGAUACCCUGUAAAAUGAAAAGAAAAGAAAACCAAAAACCAAAAACAAAACCAACAAAAUAAUAAUAAUAAUAAUAAUAAUAAUAAUAAUAAUAAUAACAAUAACAAUAAGAAUAUCUUUAUGAAAGUCCUACCUAUAUCAUAGGAAAAUACUUUGAAGAAAAUUAAGGAAAAAAAAAACGAUAAGACAAAAAAUAAUCCAAAAGAAAGGAACAAAUUACCAUUUCAUUUGUCACUAACAUACAUAUUAUACAUAUAUAUAUAUUAUUAACUAAAAAAAAUUCACGCUAGAUGACCCAUCUUGUACCUAUAAUGGGACCAAAAAUUUCAUUUACCCCUGCAUUAUUCCAAUACCAGAAAAAAACAACCAAAAAAUCGCCACCUCAUCAUAAUUGUAUCUUAUAUUUAUUAUAGAUUGUAUAGAUGAAAAAAAAUGAUCGAUUAAACAAAAAGAAGUGAAAUUCUUAUGGCUAUCAAAAUCAAAAAUAAGGAGAAACGAAAAUUCGCUCGCUUACUUGCUUCUUCCAUACAACCUCGUUUUUUGAUUUCUCUUGUGAACAAGAUUUCGAACAUACAAAUCGCUGAAAAAGAGUUUCGUUCAUUGUACGUACGAGUGGCGAGUUCUUUAUUAAUUUUUUCUCAUGAUUUCCAUACGAUUUUUGGUUUUUGAAUGAAUAAUUAACAUGAUCUCUUAGUUUGAUCUGAAUAAAAUGGUAUGUGAGUUAUAUUAUUAAUUUUAAUCAUGGGGGUCUUUCGAAUACAUAGGUCAGAUAAAUUAAGCAAAAAAAAAAGAGAAUAAAGAAUAAAAAACCGCGUGGAUUCCCUAUAUGAUAAUAAGAAAAAUCAUCCUGGCAUGAAAAAUGAAUUCAAGAGUAUAAUGUAAUAAUAUAAAGAAAGGCAGAAUGAAAUAAAACCCCGAGUACCUGUAGAUACCAAUCCAUAAUCACAUAUCUGCUCUAUCAUCAUAUUAUAUUAUAAUAACUGCUGAGCCUCAGGUGGUUAUUGAAAUAAAUCUUUGUUUGUAAACUUUACCGUUAUCAAUCCAUGUGCAUCAGCACAUUAUGAGAAACACUCGUAUAAGUAAUUGUUAGGCGAGAAGAAUAUGAAAUGAAAAAAAUAAGCUCCGUGUAAUUUAGAUUACACUCAUAUCCAUAUCGGUUGGUAUUACUAUACAUACAACACUGAAUAAAACACACUAUAUAAUGC